AUAAAUUAGUGAUGGAUAAAUUGCCAAGAUAAAUAAAUGAAAUGAAUAUCGAUUCAAAAACAUUAAAUUCUUAAAUCAGAUCUACAAAUACCAAAUAAAUUCUUAAUUUCUUUUCAUCUUAAGAGUUUACACCUGAAUUGUUGAUAUACUAUUAUAUGGCAACAUUUAAUGAACCAGGACCUCAUUAAUAUUUAACUUAAAAACUAUUAUAGAUGCCUUACACAUUUAUAGAAAAUUUUAUUCCUUAAUUCAGGUAAAUGAAUUAUAAAUUUUUCUAGUUAUCUAGUAAUUAAAAAAGGAAGUAAAAGUAUGGAAACAUUUUUGGAAACCUUAUGUUAAAUAAGUAUAGCUAAUUUCCUUAAAAUCAGUUGGUGUAUUAAUGCUUAUUCAGAAAAUGAAAAAUAGAAUGAGAUUGCUUCUAAAUAGAUUGAAAUAUUUUAAAGAGUAACCAAUUUAUAUUAAAUAUUUUUUAUAGAGACUUGAAAAGUCAAUGAUAAAUGGAGCUAUUAAAUUUAGUAAAGAAGAAAUUCUUAAAAAUAUGAAUAAUGUAGAAUUUCAAAUAUGUAUAUUUUAAUUAAAAUAUAAUUUUUAGAAUUGUAAAAUUAAUUUUCAGAGAAAGAAUUGCGAUCUAGUUAUAUAGGUUUAGUAGAAAAAUUAGUAAUGAAUUUAAUAAAGUUAUCUUUAUCACUUAAAUAAAUUGAACCCCCAGAAAGAAAUUAAUAUUUGUUUAAGGAAAUAAAAAGCACAAAUAAAGCAUUAAAAAGAUUAAGAAAUUAAUAUUCAGAUAUUCCAUAUUAUUGGGGUGCAAUGUUACCUUUUUAAAGAAAAUAUGAAGGUUAAAAUCCAUCAAAUUUGAUUGUUCGAAUUUGUGAAGAAGGUUAUGCUUGUUUUAAUACAAAAACUAGAGUUCCUUAUAGAAUUUUGGUUGAAACUAUAAGUGAAGAAGAAAUAAAAUAAAAAUAAACAAAAUUAAAUUAGGAUGUAUCUACAGAAGUUGAUUAAGAUGAUUUAUUACAUAGAGAAAUAUCAGAUGAUUUAGAAUCUCAAUUAAGAUAUCAUACUAAAUGUAAAAUUGAGGAUAAUAUAUUCAACCAACUUUAAAAUUAUAAAUAUGAUAAAUCAACAAAUUAUGAAGAUAGUUUACCAGAAUCUCCAAAUAAAUUUGAAUAAAAUUUACUUUAAAGAUCUUCAUUUACUAGUCCAAAAUUAAAAAGAAGAAAUUCCUGGUCAAAUUCAUCCUCCAUAACAGAAUUUUGUGUUUCUUUAAGUGAAGCUAAAUAAACUAAAGAAUGUGAUGAUGUAAAAUAUCAUUAAAGAUAAAAAACAUCUAUUAAUUUACCUACAACUUCAAGAAACAGUUAAUUAUUAAAAGAAAUCAAUUAAAAAGAAGAGCAAUAUUUAUUAGAAUAAGAAAAAUAAAGCAAAUUAAGAAAGAAAAUUCUAGUAAAAAUGUAAGGGCCUUGGGGUGAAGAUUGGGAUCAUAAAUUAGAAUUAAUAAAAGAAUAAUCUCCAUUUAAAGAAUUUGAAUCAUAUUAAAUUAGAGCUAUUAUGGUAAAAGGAGGUGAUGAUUUAAGAUAAGAACUUAUGGCAAUGCAAGUAAUAUAAAAAUUAGAUUCAAUAUUUAAAGCUGGAGGAUUAAAUUUAUAUUUAAAACCUUAUGAAAUUAUUGUGACAUCUGAAAAUUCUGGAUUUUUAGAAUUUGUACCUAAUACUAUUUCUUUAGAUGCAAUGAAAAAAUACUUAAAAUAAAAUAAAUUUAAGACUUUAAGAGAAUUUUAUAAAUUCUAUUUUGGAGAAGAUUUUCAUUUUGCUUAGAGAAAUUUUAUUGAAAGUUUAGCAGGUUAUUCAUUAUUAACAUAUAUAAUGUAAAUAAAAGAUAGACAUAAUGGAAAUAUAUUAAUUGAUAAUUAAGGCUAUUUAAUUCAUAUUGAUUUUGGAUUUAUUUUAUCUAUUUCUCCAGGAAAUGCAAAUUUUGAAACAGCACCAUUCAAAAUGACCUAAGACUAUAUAGAAUUAAUGGAUGGAACUGGUUCUAAGGCAUUCAAAUAUUUUAUAGAAUUGAUGAUUUCUGGAUUCUUAGAAUUAAGAAAAGGUUUUGCUGCUCUGUUAUAGAUUAUUGAAUUAAUGAUGGAAUAAAGUAACUUUCAUUGUUUUACUUUUUUUGAUAUUCAAGAAUUUAAGUCAAGAUUUAAAUUGUAUGAUAGUGAAGAAAAAGUAAUUAUUGAUAUUUAUUUUUAGUGUCAUCAACAUAUUAUGAAAUUGAUCAAUUAAAGCGUUAAUAAUAAAAGAACAUAUAUGUAUGACAAGUUUCAAUAAUUCACUAAUGGAAUAUAUCCAUGA